AUGCUUGGAAAGAAGACCACCACGGAGGGGAUGGCUGUACGCCGGGGUCGGCGGCCCCCAGGCCCCCAGCCCCGUCAGGGCGCCCCCUCCCCGGGCGCCAGAGCCGGGAUCCGCAGCCCCCUAGCACUCCCUGGACUGCCGCGGGCCUCCCACAGGCCUCGGAGUCUACAGACUGAUCCUGCGACCGGAAACGCCCCCCUGCCCAGCAGGCCCAGACCGCGCCCCCCUGUCCUGCCGCCCCCUUCCCGCGGGCCCGGCUGCAGGCCCCGGAUCCCCGGGCUCGCGUGGACGCCGCAGCCGAAAGGGGCGGCCCGUCGGGCGGCCCCGCUCCCCGGCCCUCGACGCAGCCCCUCCAACUGCGGGUGCUGCGGGGCCAAGGCGAACACAAAAGGAAGGGGGGCCCUGCCAGCGACGCCUCUGCCGGCCCGCGAGACCCUCUGCGCGGGGUCGGCAAAGCAUCCGGGCACCCCAGAAGCUCCGGACGCCGAAGAGAGAGGCCCCACGAAAAUUUCAAGACACCUCCUGGGGGCUGCAGGGGCGGCCGAGUCUCCCCAGCGCCAGGUGCCCCCGGCCGCACGGUGGCCCAGCGCGCGGCCCCGGCCUGGACAGGGCUCUCCGCGCCUCUUCCUCAGCCCAGCCCAACCCGGCCCGGGCGUCCCCGAACCCUCGCGCGCUGGCGGCUCCGGACGCGGUGGCCCCGACCUUUUGCCCCGCGGGGCUCGGGCCGCGCCAAGCACUUACCUCCGCCGGGCUGCGCUCCCCGCGGGCCUGCGCCGAGCCCGAUAAAUGGUAUGCUAUGACU